AUGAGAGUAUUCGGUGAAUUUUUCGAGAGUGGAGAGGUUAACCUUUGCACCAACGCAACUUUCAUUUGCCUUAUUCCCAAGAAGGAGAAGUCGGUGAAGAUUGGGGAUUUCAGGCCCAUUAGCUUGGUUACAUCGCUUUACAAAAUUUUGAGGAAAGUUCUGUCCAAAAGAAUUAGAGAUGUUCUUGGGGAAACGAUUUCUGCUUCACAGGGCGCCUUCGUGCAUGGAAGGCAAAUUUUGGAUGUGGUCCUAGUGGCCAAUGAGGUUGUGGAGGAAUAUAGAGCGUUACAUAAGGAAGGGGUAGUAUUUAAGGUAGACUUUGAAAAAGCAUAUGAUCAUGUGGAUUGGGGUUUUUUGGACUUUAGCCCUGUUUGGUAG